CGGCGUUCGGGGCCUCCGCCUGCUCGGGGACCUGCGUGCUCCGGCCCGCAGCGGGGACAGCGCGCCCGGGCCCCGCUGCCCCCCACGAUGGGGAAGUGGAGGUUCCAGGAGGGAAAGUGACGACCGACUUCCACAGCGCCAGGUGAUUCAUCUCCACCCAGGAACCAGGUCGGUCCCGGUGGCCUGGGCCCAUGCCUUGAGGUCGCGCGGUGCCCUGCGGUCAGCAUGCCGUGGGACGCGUGGCUCGGGGGAGGCGCCGACGGCGGGCCCGAGGGCGCGGGCGCCGCCCGCUCAAGGGCGCAGAAGCAGUGCCGGAAGUCAUCUUUCGCCUUCUACCAGGCGGUGCGCGACCUGCUUCCGGUGUGGCUGCUGGAGGACAUGCGCGCCAGCGAGGCCUUCCACUGGGACGAGCGCGGGCGCGCCGCCGCCUACUCGCCGUCGGAGGCGCUGCUCUACGCGCUCGUGCACGACCACCAGGCCUACGCGCACUACCUGCUGGCCACCUUCCCGCGGCGCGCGCUCGCCCCGCCCAGCGCGGGCUUCCGCUGCUGCGCGGCGCCCGGCCCGCACGUGGCCCUGGCCGUGCGCUACAACCGCGUGGGCAUCCUGCGGCGCAUCCUGCGCACGGUGCGCGACUUCCCGGCCGAGGAGCGCGCGCGGCUGCUGGACCGGCGGGGCUGCAGCCGCGUGGAGGGCGGCGGCACGUCGCUGCACGUGGCCUGCGAGCUGGCGCGGCCCGAGUGCCUCUUCCUGCUUCUGGGCCACGGCGCCUCGCCGGGCCUGCGCGACGGCGGCGGCCUCACGCCGCUCGAGCUGCUGCUGCGCCAGCUGGGCCGCGACGCGGGCCCGGGCCCCGGCCCUGCCGCCGGCCCCGGCGCGGCCGCCGCCCCCGCGGGCCCCGGGGAGCCGCGCCAGCGCCGCCUGCUGCUGCUCGACCUGCUGGCGCUGUACACGCCCGCGGGCGCCGCGGGCCCGGCGCGCGCCCAGCUGCUGGGCGACCGGCCGCGCUGGCAGCGGCUGCUGGGCGAGGACAAGUUCCAGUGGCUGGCGGGCCUGGCGCCGCCCUCGCUCUUCGCGCGCGCCAUGCAGGUGCUGGUCACCGCCAUCUCCCCGGGCCGCUUCCCCGAGGCCCUGGACGAGCUGCCGCUGCCGCCCUUCCUGCAGCCCUUGGACCUCACUGGCAAGGGCUAGGCCCGGGGGUGCGCGGCGCGGGACUCGGGGACGAGGCUAUUUUUCUGAGCGUUGUACCUGGCACUUUACAUACACCGACCUCCGUGCAGAAGGGCCUGUCUGGUCUGUUGCGCGCGCUGCGGCCG